AUGGGUUCGCGUUCGUCAUUGUACUCGCACGCCCCGCAGGGUUUGCGUGCUGGGUGUACGGUGACUUUGUUUGUCGUUGUCGUAGUCCUUGAGGAGGAAGGCGUUGAUAGUGGUCUUGGGCUCAUCGGGCACGCACAUGACCUCGAGGGUUCUUUGACCAGGUCGGCACUGCUGUUGUCGGAACGGUCGGGGGAGAAGGAAAAUUUUGACAACGACAAGGAAGGUUGGUUCUUCUCCUUGGCUGGGACAUUUGCUGUUGUUGUUGUCGCUGCUGUUGGCCCAGUGCUCUUGGCCAUUUUCAAAGGUUCAAAAGAGUGUUUGAGAGAUUGUUAUUGUGUAAGUGUGUUGUUUGGUCGUUGA